AUGAGAAAUGAGAUUAAAAAAAUUAAAAGGUCUGAAUUUAUAAAUUCUUGUAAAUUAAAUCCUACAAUUGUCAUUGACUGUGAAUUUCACAGUUACGCCUCGGAGAAAGAAUCCAAGAGCCUCGCAAACCAGAUAAUGCAGUCCUACGGAGCUAAUAAAAGAGCUGAAAAGCCCUUUAACUUGGUAAUUUGUGGAAUCAAACCCCAAAGUGACCUUGACUUGGCUCUGGGUAGAAUUUCAGGUACUGAAAAUUGGACUUGUCAACUAACUUACGAAUCUUUGGAGAAUAUUUAUGAGCCUGAAAAAAUAGUUUACUUGUCAGCAGAUUCUGAGCACGUUAUUGAGGAUUUAUCCCCUGACGAAGUCUAUGUUAUUGGCGGUAUCGUUGACCGUAACAGGCUCAACGGUAUUACCUAUAACAAGGCAAGAAUCAUCGGAUCAGCUUGUAAAAGACUUCCAAUAAAAGAACACAUUAAACUCAGUGGUUCACAUGUUCUUUCUGUUAACAACUGCGUUGAAAUUUUACUUAAUUAUUAUCAAAAUAGAAACUGGGAAUUAGCCCUUAAAAAUACUAUACCUAAACGUAAAUUAAUCCAUACUUAA